UUCACGCCUGGGAAUAUUGGGAAUCUGUUUGGGAUGCCAGAGAGUGAUGGGAGGAUUCUUCAGCGGUCCAAACGUGGAUGGAUGUGGAAUCAAUUCUUUCUGCUCGAGGAAUACACAGGAAAUGACCAUCAAUAUGUCGGCAAGCUGCACUCUAACAUGGACAAGGGUGAAGGCAAUGUGAAGUAUGUUCUGACUGGAGACGGGGCAGGCACGCUGUUCCUGAUUGAUGAGAAGUCUGGGGAUAUUCAUGCCACCAAGAGGCUGGACAGGGAAGAGAAAGCUAUGUACACACUCCAUGCAAAGGUGUUGGAUAGGAACACCAAUGCAGAGCUGGAGCCUGACACCGAAUUUAACAUCAAAAUUCACGACAUCAACGACAAUGCGCCAAAGUUUGAAAAGGAAAUCUACUUUGCCAGCGUCCCCGAAAUGUCUGAAGUUGGUACAUCUGUUGCCACUAUAACUGCCACUGAUGCCGAUGAUCAAACGUAUGGGAACAGUGCCAAGCUCGUAUAUAGCAUUCUGCAGGGACAACCCUAUUUCUCUGUGGAUUCUGAAAAUGGCACCAUCAAGACAGCCCUGCCCGGCAUGGACAGAGAAGUCAAGGAAAACUACCAGGUUGUGAUCCAAGCUAAAGACAUGGCUGGACAGAUGGGCGGCCUCUCAGGAACCACCACUGUCAGCAUCACCCUGUCCGAUGUGAACGACAGUCCACCGCGCUUUGCUAACCAUUCCUUUCGUGUGACUACUGUGGAGUCUACAGAGAUUGGAGGUGCAAUUGGCCGUAUUAAGGCUGAUGAUCCAGAUGUUGGGCGUAAUGCUGAGAUGGAGUACAGCAUAGUUGGUGGUCAUGACAUAUUCAACAUUAUCACUGACCAAACAACACAGGAGGGAGUCAUCAUAAUCAAAAAGGCACUGGAUUACGAAAGUAAGAGGGACUAUGAGUUCAGAGUGGAGGUGAAAAACACCUAUUUAGACGCAAGGUUCAUCCACGGUUUGCAAUUCAAAGACUACGCCACCGUCAAGGUAACGGUAGAGGAUGUGGACGAGCCGCCUGUUUUCACCAGGAACCCUUACAUCAUCGAGGUGCACGAGGACACGGCUGCUGGCAGCUUUGUCGGUGUGGUGUCGGCCAGGGACCCUGACGCUGACAACAAGCCAGUCAAAUACUCCAUUGAUCGGCAUACAGAUCUAGAGAGGCUGUUCAACAUCGAUUCUGUGAAUGGCACCAUCACAACACUGAAAGCACUGGAUAGAGAAAUGUCUAAAUGGCACAACAUCUCUGUGGUGGCCACUGAAAUAAAUAACCCACGCCAGACAACUCGAGUGCCUGUGUUCAUCAAGGUGUUAGAUGUCAACGACAACGCCCCUGAGUUUGCAAUGUCCUACGACACAUUUGUCUGUGAGAAUGUCAAGGCAGGACAGCUGAUUCAGACAAUAAGUGCUGUUGACACAGACGAACCCCUUGUUGGACACAAGUUUGUCUUUAGUAUAAGUGCCACCAACCCGAACUUCACAAUUGUUGACAGGGAAGAUAACACUGCCAAUAUCCUGACGCGGAGGGGAGGUUUCAGCCGCCGUGAGAUGAGCAUGUACUUCCUGCCUGUAGUGAUCUCAGACAAUGACUACCCGAUUCAGAGCAGCACCAGCACACUGAUUGUGCGUGUGUGUGCUUGCGACAGCCGUGGAAACAUGCAAUCAUGUAACCCUGAGGUCCUGCCCUUCUCAGAUGGUCUCACAACUGGUGCUCUGGUGGCCAUACUGCUCUGUGUCAUUAUUCUCCUCAUGAUCGUGGUGCUGUUUGCUGCCCUAAGGAGACAGAGGAAGAAGGAGCCUCUGAUCAUCUCCAAAGAGGAUGUCAGAGACAACGUUGUCAGCUACAACGAUGAAGGGGGCGGAGAGGAGGACACUCAGGCCUUUGAUAUUGGCACGCUGCGCAACCCAGAGGUGAUGGAUGCUAACAAGCUACGCAGGGACAUCAUACCCGAAAUGCUGUUUCCCUUUCGGAGGACAUCCCCUAUAAAGGACAACACAGAUGUCAGAGACUUCAUUAAUGGGAGGCUUCAGGAGAACGAUUCAGAUCCUACAGCACCCCCCUAUGACUCCCUGGCCACGUAUGCUUAUGAGGGCAGCGGGUCACUGGCAGAAUCCCUCAGUUCACUGGAGUCUGCUGCCACCGACGGGGACCAUGAUUAUGAUUAUCUCAGCAACUGGGGACCACAAUUCAAAAAGUUGGCAGAGAUGUACAUAGGGAAGAGUCCUGACAGGGAGACCUAGACAGAGCCAUGGUGAUCUCUCUUUUUUCAAAGCCCAUUUUUUAUCGUCAGUUUAUCUAGUUAGCUAGCCAGACAGCUAUUUGUCUAGUUAGUUAGCUAGCAAUCUAGUUGA